GCACAGGAAAUCCCAUGAUUUCGCAGAACUUUGCACUCCACCAACAAACCACUAUCGGUUAUUUGACAAAGUAAAAGACGCUGUGUAGACCGAGCAGCAAGCAAAGUAAAAAAUCUAAACACACAAAAAAACUUCCGGCUUUGCUGCAUCGUGAGAAGCUUCUCAGCUUUGCGGUGUUUACGACAAUAUUCAUCAUCAUUAUCAUCAAAAGCGCCGAAAGAUGUCCCUCCGCUACCUCAACAAAGUUGCUAUUGUCACCGGAGGAUCCAAAGGGAUCGGCAGGGGGGUUGUCAAAGUGUUCGUGGAAAACGGUGCUAAAGUGGUGUUUUGCGCAAAAGCAGACGGAGCAGGUGAAGCCCUGGAGGCGGAGCUAAACGCAGCAGCGCCGGGCUCAUGCAGAUUUGUGGCGUGUGACGUCUCUAAGGAGGAGGACAUCAAGAAACUGAUCACAGCCACAGUGGAGCUGUACGGACACAUCGACUGUCUGGUCAACAACGCAGGCUGCCACCCUCCUCACAAACCUACAGACGACACCACGGCGGAGGAGUUCAGAGACCUGCUGAAUCUCAACCUCGUCAGCUACUUCUUGGCUUCGAAAUAUGCGUUACCAUAUCUACGACAGCGUCAGGGAAACAUCAUCAAUGUUUCCAGUCUUGUGGGCACCAUCGGCCAGAAAGAUGCUGCACCCUAUGUCGCCACCAAGGGGGCGAUCAUUUCCAUGACAAAGGCGAUGGCCGUGGAUGAGAGUCGUUACAAUGUGAGAGUGAACUGCAUCUCUCCAAGUAAUGUGAUGACACCAAUGUGGGAAGAACUAGCAGGACAGACACCAGAUGCUGCAGCAACUAUUAAAAUAGGAGAGAAUGCUCAGGCACUCCAUGGACGACUGGUUCAGGCCCUCCCUUUUUCCUUUGGUUCACUACGAUUCACCAGCUCCUUUAAGGCGGCAGAUCUCUGCAUUGAACGCAACACAGCAUGCAAGCCGAAGCCCGAGCCCUCCACCUUGGUGUUUGGCAAACAGUUCUCCGACCACAUGUUGACCAUCAACUGGUCGGAGAAGGAAGGCUGGGAGGCUCCUCAGAUCAAACCUUUCCAGAACCUGUCGCUGCACCCUGCCUCCUCUGCCCUUCACUACUCCGUAGAGCUGUUUGAGGGCAUGAAGGCCUUCCGUGGGGCUGACAACCGCAUCCGUCUGUUUCGGCCAAUGCUGAACAUGGAGAGGAUGCAUCGCAGCGCAGAAAGAAGCUGUCUUCCUUUGUUUGAUAAAUCUGAAAUGCUGGAGUGCAUUAGGAAGUUGGUGGAGGUGGACCAGGAGUGGGUCCCCUACUCCCAGGAAGCCAGCCUCUACAUCAGACCCACGUUCAUUGGAACUGAGCCGUCUCUUGGUGUGUCUCGGGCAGGAAAAGCUAUGAUCUUUGUCAUCAUUGGCCCAGUAGGACCAUACUUUACGACAGGGUCCUUCAGUCCAGUUUCUUUGCUGGCAGACCCUUCAUUUGUCAGAGCAUGGUCAGGAGGUGUGGGGGCCUACAAGAUGGGAGGUAACUACGGUCCUACAAUAGCGGUGCAGCACGAGGCGGUGAAGCGAGGCUGUCAGCAGGUCCUGUGGCUGUACGGAGAGAAGGAGGAGAUCACCGAGGUCGGCACCAUGAACCUCUUCAUCUACUGGACCAACGAGAAAGGAGAGAAAGAGCUGCUGACACCUCCGCUGGAUGGGAUCAUCCUGCCAGGAGUCACCAGACAGUCUCUGCUGGACUUGGCCAAAUCUUGGGGUGAGUUUAAAGUGACGGAGCGCACCGUGGGCAUGAAGGAGCUGCUCUCAGCUCUGGAUGCUGGAAGAGUCCUGGAGGUGUUCGGAGCGGGGACAGCCUGCGUGGUCUGUCCUGUCGGCAGCCUCCUCUACAAAGGAAAGACCUAUCAGAUCCCCACCAUGCAGAAUGGUCCCGACCUGGCGAAGAGGUUCCACAAAGAGCUUACUGAUAUUCAGUACGGACGGAAACCAAGUGACUGGGCGCCAUUUGUCAUUUAAACGGCCACUUUGAACACGCCGGUUUUAUCAACUGUUAGUCCCAUAAUUCCAGUUCGGACGACCAGCAUCACUCCACCCCGACACCUUCAGAUCACUAACAUACUCCUGCUUCCCUGUCAGCCGUAGGAGACGGGACGCCUCUCUUCUCCUCCUCCUCUUUCCUCCUCUCCGUAAAGUCUUCUCGGGUGAAUUUUACAGUUACUCUACGGGCUCUUGUAAGAAAACAGUUGGCAGCCGCUUUGGAGAGCAAUAUUACCAACAAUAUGUACAUUCUUGAGCAGGAAAAGGAGAGAACACCAAUGCUCAUACUUAACUGCACAGACAUUCUCAUCAACACCUCAUUCUUGCAUUAACCAACUAGGCACAAAACUAAAUAUAUCAGGUGUUGUCAAAGAGAUUUGCAAUUUGUGUGUAGGACUUUAUAUCUAUCUUAACGCCCUUUGGAGGCGUUAUAUCCCAUAAGUACUGUUUCUCAUCAACAGAUGUAUAGAGUGUUUCACAACAGGGCUCUGUACUACUUUCAGCGAGCCCUGGCAUUUUCUCCAAAACCUCUAACUGUUACAUGUAAGUAAAUGGGAAAGAAUGUAUAGUCGCUAUACGCUGUACAUAUUGAUACUUAUUGAUCGGAGUAUUGCUGUAAUUUCUACGAUAGGCCACGUCACUUUGACGGUUUGCACUGGCCUCGAUUAACGUCAGGUAUGUGAUUAGUUUUCGGCGAAUACAGUUACACAGAGAUUGAGAUUAAAGAGGUCAACAAAGUGAACGCCAGCACGCACAAAGGGUCGGAUGACAAACCUACAUACUGUAAAAGAUACUCCUGCACUAGUCUGUGUGUUACCAUGAAAUAAUAGUGACGAAUAGAUUGUUGUUUUAGAGGCUUUUAAAUUAUAAUGUGAAAUUUGGCCGACUGUCUUCCGAAGUGUUUGUUUCCAGUGUUGUUCUCUCUUUUAAUGUACUUUAUUUUUUCCCAUACUGUCCACCUCUCCUCUGUCUAAGUGCCUGACCUCAGUCUUUUUGCUCGUCCUUCUUCUGUGGGUCUGUAGCUGCUGAUUUGUUUCUUUCUCCAGUCUGUGCAAUACCUGGAUACUCCAAGCAAUAUCAGUUUAGUUUUUUAAGAGUGUUGUUACUUUUACUCUGGUGUCAUGUUUUUACAAUAAACCUGAUUGGACCUGC